AUGUCCAUCCGAGGUGGUGGUUAUAGUCAUGAUGAAGAUGUGUUGCUAUGCCAACAUUAUUUAGAUAUCUCGCAAGAUCCAAUUACUGGAAGGCAGCAAUCCAGGAAUCAAUUUUGGAAUCGAAUCACUGAUGCAUACAACCAAACUAAAAAUCCUGAUUGGGAGAUACGUAGUGCAAGAUCUGUACAAAAUCGGAUCCAAGCCAUUGAGAAAGUUGUUCGAAAGUUACUUGCUUGUAUCAAGAAAGUAGAAACUUUAAAACCCAAUGGAGCUUCAGAAAUGGAUGUUUUAAAUCAAGCAAAUGAGAUACUAAUGAAGGAAUAUGCAAGUUCUAAAAAAGGUUUUAAAUUUGAUCAUGUUUGGAAUUUGUUAAAAGAUUUUGAAAAAUUUAAUGAUCAUAAUGAAGCUAGAAACCCAUAUAAAAUACCUCGAAAAAAUAAUUUCACUCAUGUAUCAUCGUCGUCGGAUAACACUGCUUUUGAAUCUCCUGAAAAUUCAUCAUUUUCUGUUAACUUAGACGAUGAUGAGAGUGGAUUAAAUUUAAAUUAUAAUGUUGGUGGGUCUUCAUAUGAGCGCCCCAUAGGGGUGAAAAAAGCAAAGCAAGAAUUUUUGCAACUGGAACGAGAGAAAUUAGCAUUUAAAAGAAUGGCACGCGAGGAAAAAAUUAUGAAUAUGGACUUGAAUGCUAUUUCUGAUCCUGCUCAGCGUGCUUACUACCAGCUCAAGAAAGAUGAAAUUUUACAGAAAAGAACAAUGGAAUUUCAGGGAUCAAAUCCACAGUCUUCUUCGAAUAUGUUUUCUCAAUAUUUCAGUGAUAUUGGUGGAGAUGGAAAUGCUGAUAUUCCUCCGUAUUAG